AGUUAUUUUCGAUCCCUUCAACGGCGUGGUCGCUCACGCUCGUCGGCGUCUCACCGUCCGUUUGUUUUUUCACAUAAAUAACCUCUCUGUUUCGACCUAACAUGCCCGGACCAUCAUCAGCCCGUCGUGGUGUUGAACAAAGAACCGCAGCUCGGUUCCCGUUUGGCGUCCCUCGACUGUGAAAGUUCCUUUGCCCAUUUUUUUUGUUUGUGUUUAUUUAUGCGACCAGGAUUUGCGACCUUGACCUCCGGCCCUUAUUUGUAACUCAUCACAACCACCCGGAGUUGGUAUGGAUGAGAGAAAGUCGGGAGAUUCGUGUUGAAAGUCGUUUGUCAAUAUCGUGGUUCAAACUGGCCCAUCAGUUCUGGAUCUCGUACCCGCCCCCCACGGCGGCGGGCAGCUCCACCAGUGCCAAGGAAAAGGAGAAGGAGAAAGAGAAAAUACUUGAAGAGGAAAGAAAAGUCCACAGCAAAGAACAGCGUCAAUUAGAGUACGACAUUGCUAUCAAAGAGCACCAUAGGUCACAGCGCGAACAAUGGGAAAUCCGUCAGCUAGAUAACGAUCUGUUGCAGCAGCGCCAUUCUGAAAGGGAACGUGAACGGGAACAAAAGGAACUAGCUGAGCAACGGAUGCUCGUCGAACAAACCGGCACUCAAGCGGUGAGCAGCACCGCUGCAGCCUCUUCCAACAUUGCGGCCUCGUCGUUCGAUCAAGAUGAUUACAAGCUGCAAAUGCUGUGUCGAGCUCCGAUAGCCAGCCUGGACUGUAUGGAGGAGUUCAGCGCCGGCAGCGCCCUGAGCGCUUUGGCGGACCGCGGUGGACCCGGCGACUCGGCCAUAACGAAAGAGCAGCUGCUGCUCAGCGGCCUGACGCACUCGGCGCCGGCCGGCGCCGUGCCGCUGCAGCUGGCCAAGCAGACGUCCGUCACGCCGGGACUGAGGUAUCGAAACCUGGGCAAGAGCGGACUGAGGGUCUCCAACAUAGGCUUAGGAACCUGGCCAACUUUUAGUCCAAAUUUAACUGAGGAGCAAGCUGAACAAAUAAUAGUACUGGCUGUAGAAAGUGGCAUUAACGUAUUCGAUUUAUCGGAAGCUCAUUCAGGUACGAGAGCGGAAGUUGAACUAGGCAGAAUUUUAUCUAGGAAAGGUUGGAAACGCACUAGUUACAUCGUCACGACCAAGAUUUAUUGGAGCACUCGGUCGGAAGAAAAAGGUCUGUCGCGCAAGCACAUCAUCGAAAGCGUAAAAGCGAGCUUGCUGAGGCUGCAGCUUUCCUACAUAGACGUCGUGAUAGUUCACAAGGCGGAUCCGAUGUGCCCGAUGGAAGAGGUUGUGAGGGCUAUGCACUACGUCAUAUGCCAAGGUUGGGCCAUGUAUUGGGGAACAGCACGCUGGUCGCCCGUGGAAAUCAUGGAAGCCUACACAAACUGCAGGCAGUUUAACUGCGUGACGCCCAUCGUCGAGCAAACCGAGUACCACAUGUUCUGUAGAGAGAAAACCGAGCUUUACAUGCCCGAACUGUACAAUAAAAUUGGUGUCGGUUUGAUGGCUUGGUCCCCAAUUUCUAUGGGGUUCACCCAAAGUCGAGACGAUGGAAGCGGCAGCGGUGGCGGCGGUAGCGUACAAUUAUUUUCCCGUGCCAGUUUUAAGAAUAAAUAUAGUUCCUUUUCGUGGACGGAAGACGAAACGGCUGCAAAUAAAGAGUGUCCCAGUUAUGGUUGGAUGAAGGAUCGACUCCAGCCCGACGAAUCGAGAAGGCAGGCCGAGAAGAUCAGGGAGCUCAACACGCUGGCCGAGAAAUUAGGAUGCUCUCUGCAGCAGCUGGCCGUAGCAUGGUGCUUGAAAAACGAGUCUGUCCAAUGUUUGUUGUUAGGCGCAAGUUCCGUCGAUCAGCUGUACGAUAGUAUACAAUCGUUGCAGCUGAUUCCAAAAUUGAAUACUAAUAUGGUAGCGGAGAUUGAGCGUAUUUUAGAAAACAAACCAUCCCGACCUCCUAUGGUGUCCACCUUGGCGCUUAGAUGACAAUCAAUGUGCCCCCCUGGGUCCAUUAGUGGGAACCAGGGAGGCACGAGUACAGCGGGCAGCCCGAAAGGGGACGAGCUGAGCAACGCCGAUUCGGACACCAAAGAAAGCCAGAAGCUGCCGUUCUGCGAGAUUCAGUGACAAAAGGCCACCGAGUUUUUGAAAACUCGUAAAAGCAAAACGCCGGACGAGAAGCCCGUGAAGGAGAAGGUCCGCUGGUCCUACAGCCCUGACGAGGGUCCGAAAUGCACGACCGAAACGUUCGUAAGCAAGAAAAAGGAAAAAAAGACAGCUUCGAGUCCGGUGCCCGUAUGAAAGCGCCGGAAUUUCGCGGACGAGGUGCUCAUUUGAAUCGCUUUAGAACAAAUUUCGCGGUUUCUUUUAUUUUAAUCGAAAACUGCGGCGAGUUUAGGAGUUUGCGAUGGAUCGAAACACGCAAAAAUAAAUAUAAUAACACGAAUUAAUAACGUUUACUGUAGUUCAAUUUUAUGCAACAAAUUAAAAUUCAACUAAUCGAAACCUCAUAUGAAUUAUAUUCGAUUAAUUUUUACAAUUUGAAAAGUUAAUGCGUAUGUUUAUUAAAUAUGGCGCAGUCGAGUAGAAUUUUAACGUUAGAAGUUGCUUCUUACGUCACGAAUAGAGCGUAAUAUUUUCUACUAAAAUCUUCCGAAUUAAAGCAAUUUACGAUACAAAUCGAACAAAAAAAAUCUUAUUACGCUACUGAUUUUCACUUAACCUUUAAACAUUGCUUAUCUUUCAAGGAUCACAGCCAUUUAUUAUGUCUUAUUAUUGUUAUCUCCGGAUUUACGAUGCACGUGAAUUUGAAAAGUUAAUGGAAAUUACUUACUUACUAUUUCAUCAUUAUACUUAGGUAUUAUUGGAAUUUUCUUUGGGUUGUUGUGGAUGCUGAUCGAGAUGGUAUAACUUAGACUAAAUUAAUUAAAACAUCGACUAGUGUGACACAAUAGAAACAGAUAAAUUUUUCGAAUGCAUAUUGAGGAAAAAUAUUUAAAUUGGGUGAUUAAUUGAUAGGGACAAGGGGCCGUGCAUAAGUGCUCUCCGAGUAGGUUCUUAUGCACGACACCCUGUAUUUUCACCUAAUUUUAAUUUAAAAAACUAUAAAAUUUGGGUAUAGGUCUGUUUCUAUGACAUUGUGAUCUUUCAUAAUUAUUAAAAGUAUAGAUUACAACGAGUUAUUUUUAGUUGUUUAAAAAUUUACAUGUUUUAUUGAUACCUACAGCCAAUAGAGUUUUU